AUGCCCUGCGCGCCAGGGCUGCGCGCGCCGUGGCUGUGGCUGUGCGCCCUGCUCGGCGGCGCCCCGUGCGCCCCGCAGCCCGGCCCCGAGCCUGCCGCCUGCCCGGCCCCCUGCCGCUGCCGCCGGGACGGCGUCAUGCUGGCGGCGGACUGCUCGGAGCUGGGGCUCUCCACGGUGCCCCCGGACCUGGCCCCGCUGACCGCCUACCUAGACCUGAGCAUGAACAACCUCACGGAGCUGCAGCCCGGCCGCUUCCGACACCUUCGCUUCCUGGAGGAGCUGCGUCUCUCAGGAAACCACCUGUCGCACAUCCCGGGAGGAGCGUUCUCCGGCCUCCACAGCCUGAAGAUCCUGAUGCUGCAGAACAACCAGCUGGGAGGGAUCCCCGCCGAGGCGCUGAGGCAGCUGCCGAGCCUGCAGUCUCUGCGCCUGGAUGCCAACCUCAUCGCCCUGGUCCCCGAGAGGAGCUUCGAGGGGCUGUCCUGCCUCCGCCACCUGUGGCUGGACGACAACGCGCUGGCCGAGGUCCCCGUGCGGGCCCUCAACCGCCUCCCCGCCCUGCAGGCCAUGACCCUGGCCCUCAACCGCAUCCGCCACGUCCCCGACUACGCCUUCCAGAACCUGAGCAGCCUCGUGGUGCUGCAUCUUCAUAACAACCGCAUCCAGCGUCUGGGGACCCACAGCUUCGAGGGCCUAAGCAGCCUGGAGACCCUGGAUCUGAACCACAACGACCUGCGGGAGUUCCCUGUGGCCAUCCGGACGCUGGGCCGGCUGCAGGAGCUCGGUUUCCAUGACAACAACAUCAAGGCCAUCCCCGAGAAGGCCUUCAUGGGGAACCCCCUGCUGCAGACCAUACACUUCUAUGACAACCCGAUCCAGUCCGUGGGGCGGUCGGCCUUCCAGUACCUGCCGAAGCUGCACACGCUGUCCCUGAACGGAGCCACCGACAUCCAGGAGUUCCCGGACCUCAAAGGCACCACCAGCCUGGAGACCCUGACCCUGACCCGCGCGGGCAUCCGGCGGCUCCCGCCUGGGAUGUGCCAGCAGCUGCCCAGGCUCCGAGUCCUGGAACUGUCUCAUAACCGGAUCGAGGAGCUGCCCAGCCUGCAGAGGUGUCAGAAGCUGGAGGAGAUAGGCCUCCAGCACAACCGCAUCUGGGAGGUCAGAGCCGACACCUUCCACCAGCUGAGCUCCCUGCGGGCCCUGGACCUGAGCUGGAACGCCAUCCGCUCCAUCCACCCCGAGGCCUUCGCCACCCUGCGCUCCCUGGUCAAGCUGGACCUGACGGACAACCAGCUGACCACGCUGCCCCUGGCCGGGCUCGGGGGCCUGAAGCAUCUCAAGCUCAAGGGGAACCCGGCUCUGUCUCAGGCCUUCUCCAAGGACAGCUUCCCAAAGCUGAGGAUCCUGGAGGUGCCGUAUGCCUAUCAGUGCUGUGCCUACGGCGGCGGCGGCGUCUGUGCCGGCUUCUUCAAGGCCUCCGGGCAGUGGGACGGGGACGUCUUUCACCUCGAGGACGAGGAGACGCCGAAGGGGCCGCUGGGCCUUCUUGCCGGACAAGCCGAGAGCCACUAUGACCUGGACCUGGACGAGAUGGAGGACACGAAGCCACACCCCCGUGUGCAGUGCAGCCCGGUUCCAGGCCCCUUCAAGCCCUGCGAGCACCUCUUUGAGAGCUGGGGCGUCCGCCUGGCCGUGUGGGCCAUCGUCCUGCUGUCCCUGCCCUGCAACGGACUGGUGAUGCUCAGCGUGUUCGCGGGCGGGCCGGGCCCCCUGCCCCCGGUCAAGUUCGUGGUGGGGGCCCUGGCAGGCGCCAACGCCCUGACUGGCAUCUCCUGGGGCCUCCUGGCCUCCGUGGACGCCCUGACCUUCGGCCGGUUCGCCGCGUACGGGGCCCGCUGGGAGUCGGGGCCGGGCUGCCGGGCCACGGGCUUCCUGGCCGUGCUGGGGUCCGAGGCCGCGGUGCUGCUGUUGACCCUGGCCGCCGUGCAGAGCGGCGUCUCGGCGGCCCGCGUCCGGGCCCACGGGAAGGCGCCCGCCCCGGGCGGCGUGCGGGCAGGGGCGCUGGGCUGCCUGGCGCUGGCGGGGCUGACCGCGGCCCUGCCCCUGGCCUCGGUGGGCGAGUACGGGGCCUCCCCGCUCUGCCUGCCCUACGCGCCCCCUGAGGGCCGGCCGGCCGCCCUGGGCUUCGCCGUGGCCCUGGUGAUGCUGAACUCCCUCUGCUUCCUGGUGGUGACGGGCGCCUACAUCCGGCUGUACUGCGCCCUGCCGCGGGGCGAGCCGGAGGCCGCGUGGGACUGCGCCCUCGGGCGGCACGUGGCCCGGCUCAUCCUCGCCGACGGGCUGCUGCACUGCCCCGUGGCCUUCCUCAGCGUGGCCUCCGGGCUCGGCCUGGUCCCCGUCACCCCCGAGGCCGUCAAGUCCGUGCUGCUGCUGGUGCUGCCGCUGCCCGCCUGCCUCAACCCCCUGCUCUACCUGCUCCUCACCCCGCACUCCCGCGAGGACCUGGGGCGUCUCUGGCCCUGCGCGGGCGCUGCCCCGGGCGCCCUGGCCUCCGCCGCGGCCGGCCACCUGGAGAAGAGCUCCUGCGACUCCACGCAGGCCCUGGUGGCCUUCUCCGACGUGGAUCUCGUUCCGGAAGCUUCCGAGGCUGGGCGGCCCCCGGGGCCGGAGACCUAUGGCUUCCUCACGGGCACCCUCGUCUCCUGCCCACAGCCAGAGAGCCCCAGGCCAGAGGGCAGCCACUUGGUGGAGCCAGAGGGAACCCACUUUGGGAACCAGCAAACCCCCGUGGACGGAGAGCGGCCGCUGAGGGCAGAGGGGGCCACGUCGGGCGGCGGGGGCGUGGCGGCGGGCAGGGGCAUCCAGCCCUCAGGCUCAGCCUUUGCCUCCCACGUAUAAAUGGCCCCGCCCUCCUGGUCUCUGCCUCCUCCUCCCCUCCCCUCCGUGAGCGAUGGCGGUUUGUAAAAUAAAUUCAGCCCGCACGCAGCCGCGUGGUCCGCGGGAGGGUGGCCCAGGCCCUGGCUCCCCGGUCUCCUGCGGCCGUCA